AUGACUCUGUUAUGGGUCACAGUCUUUCUUCUUCAUCAAGGAUAUGCUUUGGUUCCGGUGGUCACCGUUCAUCUUGGUGAACCUGUGACUUUUACAUGUGAUGUUAUGAAUAAAUUUCAGACCACCACUUGGCUUCAGUGGUACAAGCAAAGUGCUGGAGGUACUCUGAAAUUAAUUACGAUGCAGCGAAAAAACGUCGAUCCCACUUUUGGACCAGAAUUCCCAGCUUCAAGAUUCAGUACAACAAGUGAUGGAAUAACAAGCAACCUAACAAUUCUGGGGACAGUCCAACAAGAUGAGGGGAUGUAUUACUGUGCUCUUAUAGACUGGACAGAAUCUAUUUGGAAGGGGAAUCAUCUGAUGGUAAAAGGAAACUCAAAGAGGACAUUGGCCUACACAACGCUCGACUCAGAGACUCUGAAGUGUUCAGUCGUCUUGGAUUACUGGGACAACUCCUGCUUAGGAGACCUCAGCGUGUUCUGGCUCAAAGCUGGAUCCAGCAAAUCUUACCCAAAUAUCAUAUACACUGAAGGCAAAAGAGAUGAUAACUUACCACUGGCCAUUAUUCUCUGGCCAGUGAAGAAUGGCCAGAGAAGAAGGCUUUGA